UUGACAGAUACGUCCACCAAUAGUAAUCGCGAACUGACGGCAAGGGAGGCGUUGUGUUGGUGUGGAAGUGACUAUAAGAUACUUGAGGGUGGUGUCCACAGGAAAGUACUUGAUGUUCAAGUUGCGGGUUUUGCUGGGUCUGGGAGCUAUAGUAACAACUCAUUGCUCACGAGGAUUGUGGGCUCACAGCAGUCGAUCUGUGUGUCCAUUAGUCGGAGAGACAGGGUGGCUUACGUGGGCACGGCCUCAGUCGAACAUUCACAGAAUGGAAGGUGGGAAGCCCAUGAAGUUCCUCAGUCAGGAGGAGGCCCAGAAGAUCGAUGAGGAGCUCUUCACAGAGUACCGCUUCAGUGUUGACCAGCUGAUGGAGUUGGCAGGACUUAGCUGUGCCACUGCCAUUGCCAAGGCUUAUCCAGUCGCUUCCUUCACAAGAAAGAGUCCAGCCAUUUUGGUGGUGUGUGGACCAGGAAAUAAUGGAGGGGAUGGAUUAGUCUGUGCCAGACAUCUCAAAUUAUUUGGCUUUGAGCCGACGAUUGUGUAUCCAAAAAGGCCGAGCAAACCUCUUUUUGAGAACCUGACUACCCAGUGUGAGAAAAUGGACAUUCGCUUUCUCUCCGAGUUUCCAGCCGAGCCAGAGGUGAUUGAUGAGGCGUAUAAUCUAGUCGUUGACGCCAUCUUCGGGUUUAGUUUCAAAGGGGCAAUUCGAGAACCCUUCAACAGCAUCAUCGGUACACUGAAGAAGGUGACGAUACCCAUUGCCAGCGUUGAUAUCCCAUCAGGCUGGGAUGUGGAAGUGGGGAGUCCCGAUGGUAUUCAGCCAGAUAUGCUAAUUUCACUCACAGCACCCAAGAAAUCUGCGUUACAGUUUCAAGGACGUUAUCACUUUCUUGGGGGGAGAUUUGUACCCACCGCACUUGAAAGCAAGUACAAGUUGAACCUCCCAGAAUACCCUGGGACAGACUGUGUGAUCCAGAUAAUGUAGGGCCAGAUCUCAGGCAACGUCCAUUACAGCACACACCUGCUGGUACUACUGGUUUAUAAACUUCAGUCUCACAUUCACUGAGAAUAAAGACAUUUGAAAAGGUAA